AAUGACAAGAAAGCAGUCCAUCUACGAGUGGGUCAGUCAGUGAACGCGAUUCGAAAUAUUCUAGAAUAAAAUAAAAUAAAAUUGUGUGCUCUGGGUGCGGACAGAGAGUUCCAUCAUGAGUGCAUUAAUGAAAGUAGCACUAUCGCGAAGCCCAGCGUCAUUGGCUACCCACCUCUACCGAAAUCUACACCUAUCUGUUGGGGGUGCUACGCCCCUAAAAGAAGCUUCAUCAAAUUCCAAUGUUACAAAGGCAUAUAAUGUAAUCGAUCAUCAACAUGACGCCCUGGUUAUCGGCGCUGGUGGUGCAGGUCUUCGAGCUGCAUUUGGUUUAGUCCAAGAGGGCUUUAAGACUGCAGUAGUCACCAAACUAUUCCCUACAAGAUCACACACAGUUGCUGCUCAGGGUGGAAUAAAUGCUGCCUUAGGUAACAUGGAAGAUGAUAGCUGGCUAUGGCAUAUGUAUGAUACUGUCAAAGGUUCUGAUUGGCUUGGAGAUCAGGAUGCCAUCCACUACAUGACUAAGGAGGCGCCUCAUGCUGUAAUUGAACUGGACAACUAUGGCAUGCCUUUCUCCAGAACACCUGAAGGCAAGAUCUACCAAAGAGCUUUUGGUGGUCAGUCCCUCAAGUUUGGCAAGGGUGGACAGGCUCACAGAUGUUGUGCUGUAGCUGACAGAACCGGUCAUUCCCUUCUACACACAUUGUACGGCCAAUCUCUACGAUAUGAUUGUGAAUAUUUCAUUGAAUACUUUGCCAUGGACCUGCUCAUGGAAGAUGGAGUGUGUAAAGGAUGCAUUGCCUUAAACCUCGAAGAUGGAACACUACACAGGUUCCAAGCGAAGAACACGAUCCUGGCGACGGGCGGCACGGGCCGCUCGUACUUCAGCUGCACGUCGGCGCACACGUGCACCGGCGACGGCACCGCCAUGGCGGCGCGCGCCGGCCUGCAGAACGAGGACAUGGAGUUCGUGCAGUUCCACCCCACUGGUAUUUACGGCGCUGGUUGUCUCAUGACCGAGGGCUGCCGCGGCGAGGGCGGCUUCCUCGUAAACGCGAAGGGCGAACGGUUCAUGGAGCGAUACGCGCCCGUCGCCAAGGACCUGGCCAGUAGGGACGUUGUCUCCCGCGCCAUGACCGUCGAGAUUAUGGAAGGUCGCGGUUGCGGGCCCGAGAAGGACCACGUGCACCUGCAGCUGCACCACCUGCCGCCCGAACAGCUGAAGCAGCGCCUGCCCGGCAUCUCGGAGACGGCCAUGAUCUUCGCCGGAGUCGACGUCACCAAGGAGCCCAUCCCGGUGCUGCCGACCGUGCACUACAAUAUGGGCGGUACCCCCACUAAUUAUAGGGGAGAGGUGAUCACGCACCACGACGGCGUGGACCGCGUGGUGCCCGGGCUGCUGGCGGCGGGCGAGGCGUCGUGCGCGUCCGUGCACGGCGCCAACCGGCUCGGCGCCAACUCGCUGCUCGACAUCGUGGUGUUCGGCCGCGCCUGCGCCAUCACCGUCGCCGACACCAGCCGCCCGGGCGACGCGCAGCAGCCGCUCAAGGACAGCACCGGACAAGACAGCAUCGCCAACUUGGACAGCAUCAGAUACGCGAACGGCUCUAUCCCAACGGCCGCGCUGCGCCUGCGCAUGCAGAAGAACAUGCAAACCAACGCCGCCGUAUUCAGACAAAAGAGCACACUCGAAGAAGGCCAACGCCAGAUCCACGACAUCUACAAGCAGAUACACGACGUCAAGGUGUCGGACCGUUCGCUAAUCUGGAACAGCGACCUGGUGGAGACGCUGGAGCUGCAGAACCUGCUCAUCAACUCGGUGCAGAUCGUGGAGGGCGCGCUCGCCCGCGAGGAGUCGCGCGGCGCGCACGCGCGGGAGGACUUCAAGACGCGCCGCGAUGAGUACGACUACUCCAAGCCUUUGGACGGACAGACGAAGCUGCCGUUCGAGCAGCACUGGCGCAAGCACACGCUGGCGGAGACGGACGCGCGCUCGGGCCGCACCGCGCUCUCCUACCGGCCCGUCAUCGACCGCACGCUCGACGCGGCCGAGUGCAGCACCGUGCCGCCCGUCAUCCGCACCUACUAGCCGCCCACCUGCCCACCCGCACUAACAUCAGGUAACAACUAGAGUGCCGACUGAAGUAAAGCAGUAUUUUUCGACGUGCAUCUCGACUCAAAGUAAUUGGUUCAUCUUCAGCCAUUAUUUAUUAUGUAAUUUAUUGUUUUUUUCGUCAAUGUAUAGUAGUAAGCUUUAUAAUGAAUUAUAGAUCAAUAAAUAAUAAAGUUUUUUUCAAACAAGUAUAAUGUAAGUUUAUGAAAUCAUAUUAAAUAAAUACUUUAUUGUGUUGUGAACCAUUAUUUAUACAGUUUGUUCUAUAUACAGCAUUUAAUUUUGUACAUCUUUUUUAAAUUGUGUCAAAACCCAGCAGCACUUAAGCGGUACUUAUUAUUACUAAAAUUGUUAUUUCGCUUAGACUUUUAGACUACCUCAGCUUAGAUCAGUGUUUCUAUCACAAAAAAACGUUCACUUUUUGUCGUGUAUUGUGAUUUUUUAUUAGGAAUAUGUAUUUGAAUUAUGAUGCUGUCUGUGCUACAUAUACCUAUUUCAAUUGAUGUAAAAUACAAAUACGUUAUAGAAUCGUAAGUAAAAAUGAUAAUUAAAUGUUCUAUGUAAGGAA